GGGGUGCUGGGGGAGAGGAUGGCAUGCUUGGCAGGGGCAGGGGAGAGGUGUGCCAGCUCCCAGCCGGCCAGCUCGAUGUCUACCCCAUCCCCUCUGCAUGGAUGCUGACCCCCACCUCUGCACUUGCAGCCAGCAUGGAGCAGCGAGCAGGGCCACCAGAGCUGAGACCUGCAGGACCCACCACGCACCCGCAGCCCAAGGAGGGGACGCUGUGGGGGCUCCUCGCCAUCCUCUCGCUGCUGGCCGGGCUGGCCGCGGGCAACCUGCGAAUGCCGCACUGCAACGAGACGCUGGACACGGCCCCCACGCCACGGGGCAUGGCCACCGCCAGCCCGGCUGUGGAGGAUGGCGUGGAGGUACCGCUCGCCGCUGCCCGGAGCCAGCUGUACGGGGACAACGCGACGACGGGUGGCCCUGGCGCCGCGGAACUGGCGGAGGACCUGCUGCUGCGUGCCGAGCGCUCACCGCCGGGUGCCGGCAAAGGCAAGAAAGCGAUGCAGAAAUCCCCAUGGGGGACCCGUGGGCGCAACUGCCACAUCCGCAACCUGAUGGUGAAGGUGCGCGACCUGGGCCUGGGCUUCAACUCGGACGAGAUCGUGCUCUUCAAGUACUGCAGCGGGUCCUGCCACCGGGCGCGCAGCAACUACGACCUGACGCUGGGCAGCCUGCUGCGGCAGCAGCUCAUCGCCCCGGGGCCACGGGAGCGGGUCCUCAGCCACCCCUGCUGCCGGCCCACCCGCUACGAGGCCGUCUCCUUCAUGGACGUGCAGAACACGUGGCAGACGGUGGAGAAGCUCUCGGCAGCCGAGUGCAGCUGCAUCGGCUGAGGAGGGGGCCGCCGGCUCGGCCCCAGCUUGACGCACGCCAGCGGACCCCAGCUUGCCACACGCAGUGGCACCGGCGCUCAGAGGAAGGGUCUGGCAGAGGCUGGUGCCCCCGGUUUUACAUAGCCACAAGGGACGGAGGCGAGAUGGAGCUGUGAACGGCGGGGGUUGGGUGGCUGAGCCCCCUCCCGCUCAGUGCCAAGCAGCUAGUGCCGACAGCUACAUGGGGUCCUGUCCAGGUGCACCCCAGCUCAGCCCUGGAAGAGGAGCUGGAGGGGGUAUGGAGCAUCCCCACUGCUUGCAGGGGUCUGCCAGCCUGGUGUCCACCCGCAGCGCCUGGCUCACCUGUGCCCUGCCUGGACUGGUGCUCCCGCACCCCUGGUUUAAGGGAGCCGGGGCCAAGUGUCGCCCAAGCUUCAGAGGGAGAGAGAAAGGGGGAAAAACCUCCCUGUCCCCUCGGGCACCCUGGGCUGGCAGUGGCCAGAGCUGCCCUGCAGGGAGGGGGUGUCCCCAAGGACGGGGGUGCAGCGGGGCCAAAUCGCACCAGCGUGGGGUGGGGGCCCCGCACCCGGGCUGACGGCAGCCCCCAGUGCUCUGCAGGACGGCAGGGCACGGACACCCGCCGGGACCCCUGCCCAGCUCCCAGGGGGGUGGCAGGGUCCCCCUGCUGCCCCCGCGGUGCUGCGGCACUAAACUAUUUAUUACUCUAAAUUAUUUAUUUAUUGUUCUUGAGCGGCAGCUCCUAUUUAUGACUUUGGGCCCCCGGGGGCCGGGUGUAAUUUAACCCCAGCGCUGCUCUGAAGCCCUGGGCAGCGCCCCGGCGCCCCGUGCCCCCAGCCCCCUUUUUCUAUUAUUUGUAAAAUUUGAGGGAUAAACUCUAUUUUUGUACAGUCGCCUUUUCCUGUAGCAAUAAAGCGAUGGGCUGC